ACAUGCAUAGCAGUUGAGCUUGGAUAGGACAUGAGGAGGAGCGAUGAUCCUGGAAGAAUCCAAAAGCUCAUCAGGCCAGCUUGCAACACAUUAUAUACACACGGCCGUCAGCGAGGGCUCAGUCGGUCUGGCUGUUUCUGUCGCUGGCUUUGCUCCUUGACUCGACCGACCCUUCAUCCAGCUUCUUCAUCUGAGUUUGUCGACAAGAAGAUGUCUUCCAGGUUGUGAGAACACUUUGGCUGAUCCAUUUGACGAUGAAGAGCUUGAGUUCGGUCAAACAUUUACCGAGACUCUUGUUAGUGCUAAGUGAAUGAACGUGCGUGAUUCAGAACGAUGAGGAUGGGUAAAGAUUUCUAUAAGGUGUUGGGCUUGGCCAAAGGAGCCUCGGAGGACGAGAUCAAAAAAGCCUACCGAAAAUUGGCCCUCAAGUACCAUCCAGACAAAAACAAAUCCGCCAACGCGGAAGAACGAUUCAAGGAGAUUGCCGAAGCCUAUGAAGUGUUGAGCGAUAAAAAGAAGAGAGAGAUCUUCGACCAAUAUGGAGAAGAAGGACUCAAGGGCAACAUGGGCUCAGGGGGCGGAAUGGGAGGUCACACCGGGGGGACGAACUUCUCGUACACGUUCCACGGCGAUCCCCGAGCCACCUUCGCCGAGUUCUUUGGAACCUCCAAUCCGUUUGAGAGCUUCUUCAACAUGCCCGGCAUGUCGGACUUAUUCAAUGACAACGUCAUGGAUCACGAUUCUCUCCACCGUGCCCAUCACCACCACGAUCCAUUUGCUAGUCUGGGCGGUGGUCUGGGCUCGUUUGGAUCGCGAACCCCUUUCCGAUCACAAUCGUUCAAUGUGGGCUCUCACUCAAGUGGGAUCGGGCGAGGCAAGGAAAAAGUGCAAGACCCACCGGUGGAACAUGAUCUCUACGUGUCCUUGGAAGACAUCUUAAGGGGCGUGACGAAGCGGAUGAAGAUUUCCCGACGAGUGGUGGCCAACGAUGGCACAGUCAGAAAAGAAGAGAAAGUCCUGACCAUCAACGUGAAACCAGGAUGGAAGUCCGGCACCAAGAUCACCUUUCAACGCGAGGGCGAUCAAGCACCCAAUAAGAUUCCUGCUGAUAUCGUGUUCAUUAUCCGGGACAAGCCUCAUCCCAAUUUCAAGAGGGAGGCGUCUGACCUCAAAUACUCUUGCAAAGUGACACUUAAGGAGGCACUCUGUGGGACAAAUGUCGAAGUACCAACUCUGACCGCCAAUGAGAAGAUCCCCUUGGACUUGAGCGACGAGAUUUUGAAGCCCAGCACUGUGAAACGAAUCGUCGGCAAAGGUCUGCCUCGUCCGAAGGAGCCAACCAAACGGGGAGACAUCCUCGUCACGUUUGAUAUACAAUUCCCUGAUAAACUCAGUUCUUCGACGAAAGAUUUCAUUCAUCGGAAUCUACCCAAUAAAUGAAUGUGCACAUGUGCACUCUCACGCUCCUCCCCUCGUCCACCCCACAAAACCCCGACUAACAACACAAUUCAAAUACAGAUCCUACCCUGUUGGAAGAUCAUCGGCAGUGGGAAAUUGUUUGUAAUGCAAAAAUACGCUUUAGGCUGUGUCUUCCCCCCUUUCUUCUUUCAACUCGAUUCAAUCAUCCAUCCAUCCAUCCAUCCAUCCUCCCAGCCAUUCAAUUGGAAGUAGACCUCUUUCUCUUUCGUACCGUGCCUAAAAUCAUCCAAGAUCAAAAUGCUCUAUCAUGCUCGUAUACCUAUUAUAUAAAAAAAAAAACGUGGAAGAACUAGUGCCCGGAAUCAGUAUGUGUUCACGUGAAUGAGACGAUACUGCCACAAGGCAAAGACCACGUCAUUGUGAAACAAGACUGGGCGGAUCUUUUGAUAUCCAUUACUUGGUAUCACUUGCUGCCCUGCCCUUGCACACUGUCCUUGCACAAAUAAGACCUUAUUCAGAUUUU